AUGCUGCCGGAUUCUGUCGAUAAUGCCCAGUUACCAAAGGACGUCGAUAUUCCAUCAAUGGGAGAUGUUUCCCGGUCCUCAUCUCGGGCGCGAAAUAGAGGUGGCACCACACCAGUCCCCAUUUCCCCAACCUCAAAGCCACGAUUAUGGGCAUCCGACAUCCCCAAGGGCUAUUCAGCUUCAUCUGCUCAAGGAGUAUCAUCGUGGAGCGCCAACUCAGACAAGCAACUUGGUAGCCCGGCAUCAUCUACCAACGAUAGAGUAUUUCCAAUCAGAAGUGUCGUGAGUGUCGAUACUACACAGACGCCAUAUACGUUUUCAGCUAGAGGCUCUGCUGCCAGUGAAAUGAAUGACUACUUUCCACGCCCUUCGAGUGUGACAAGUAAAGAUGGAGGUAGGAGAAGUGUUACAGAUUCAGAUGGAAAAACAACCCCUCGGCAAAGAAGUCAGACGGAAUCUGGCCCGGACCCAAGAAGAGCAGAUCGCAAGUCCUCCACUUCCACAAGUCGCAGUGAUUACAGAGGCAGUCGCUUGCAACAAUUUCUCGACAAUACAUCCGAUAGAUCUGCUACUACACAUGCUUCUAGCGCAAGAGGUACAGGAGAUGCAUCAUCGAUGGGGAAUCUGUCGGCUGGCGAAGAUGAUGGCGUUGGCGGGCUAGUAACCGCUAGAUUCAAGCAUAUUGUGACUUCGGAAGGGCAUGCCAUCAUUACUGGCCGUGAUGGAGAUGUCUUGCAAACAUGCGAGGAUGAACCGAUCCACAUUCCUGGGGCUGUUCAAGGCUUUGGUUUACUAAUUGCAUUAUCAGAACACGACGAUGACCAGCUUUUGGUUCGCAUUGUCAGUGAGAAUUCUCAACGCAUGAUUGGAUAUACUCCCCAAGAGCUUUUUCGAUUAAAUAGCUUCCUGGACAUUUUGAGCGAGGAACAGCAGGAAAACCUUCUUGAUCAUAUUGACUUUAUCCGCGAUGAUGAUGCCGAUCCUGCAUCAAACGGCCCAGAAGUUUUCACCGUCUCGAUUCGGCAUCCCAAAACUCGCAAAUCUAGGAAACUAUGGGUAGCUAUGCACAUAAACCCUGUUGACCCAGAAAUGAUCAUUUGUGAGUUUGAACUUGACGAUGACCAAAUAUACCCUCUGGUGCCCGAACAGGAGGAUACGCCAGAACCCCCAGAGGACACGCUCAACAGUAAUCCAACAAAGGAGGAGUUUGAUGAGAGUACGAUUAAUACAAGCAAACCACUUCGGGUACUGAGGAAUGCUCGCAAGCGUAAAGGCGAAGCCGCAGCUAUGGAGGUCUUUAACAUCAUGUCUCAGGUGCAAGAACAGCUCGCCACUGCGCCAAAUUUAGAGCUCUUUCUAAAAAUUCUUGUAGGCGUGGUUAAAGAAUUGACAGGUUUCCAUCGAGUAAUGAUUUACCAAUUUGAUGCUUCAUAUAAUGGCCGGGUGGUUACAGAGCUUGUUGACCCCCGAGCGACCAAGGACCUUUAUAAAGGACUUAAUUUCCCAGCGUCAGAUAUUCCAAAGCAAGCUCGAGAAUUAUACAAAAUCAACAAAGUCCGACUUCUUUAUGACAGGGAUCUAGAAACGGCACGACUCGUUUGCCGUGGCAUCGAGGAGCUUGAGAAACCUCUUGACCUGUCAUAUGCUUAUCUUCGAGCCAUGUCACCUAUCCAUAUCAAAUAUCUCGCGAAUAUGGCAGUACGAUCCUCAAUGUCUAUUUCUAUAAAUGCUUUCGGCGAAUUGUGGGGCCUGAUUGCUUGCCACACAUACGGUGCGAAAGGAAUGCGAGUGUCUUUCCCCAUUCGAAAGAUGUGCCGGCUUGUCGGUGAUACUGCAUCAAGGAAUAUUGAGAGAUUAUCAUACGCUUCACGACUCCAAGCUCGCAAGCUUAUCAACACUGCACCAACAGAAGCUAAUCCUUCUGGUUACAUUAUAGCAUCAUCUGACGACCUUUUAAAAUUGUUCGAUGCUGACUUUGGCCUUCUCUCGAUCCAAGGAGAGACAAAAAUAUUGGGCAAAGUCGACCAAUCGCAUGAGGCACUUGCUAUGCUGGAGUAUAUGCGAAUGCGUAAGCUAAAAACUGUGAUGACCUCGCAAGAUAUCAAACAAGACUUUCCUGAUCUUAGAUACGCCCCAGGAUUCAACGUCAUUGCAGGUUUACUUUUAGUGCCAUUAAGCUCAGAAGGGGAUGACUUUAUUGUUUUUUUCCGUUCUGGACAAAUAAGAAAUGUCAAAUGGGCUGGUAAUCCGUAUGAAAAAUUUAUCAAGGAAGAUUUGACGAAAACCGAGGAGGGCAAGGAUUUGAUCAAAGACGAAAUUUUCGAUCUCCCUGCCGCAAUACGAGAGGCUACCGACUUGUUCAAUGGCGAUGUUAAGCGAAAGGGUAUUGAAUAUACCGUUGUUGAGCAUCCCGGUGUUCCACAAUUCGUGCAUGGCGACCAAAGACGUGUCAGACAAGCAGUUGCUAAUAUCACAGCAAAUGCUGUUCAGCAUACGUCAAAUGGUUUUGUUCACGUUGAUAUCUGGUUACAAGAAAUAACCAAUAACAAAGUGAACAUCGAGAUUGUAGUUGAAGACUCUGGUGCUGGCAUGUCAAACCAAAAACUUGACACGCUCUUUCGAGAUCUCGAGCAAGUUGAUGGCGAUCCUUUGUUUGACGAUGUAGAGAGUAAUGAGAAAGCUCUCGUUGAUGGUAAGCGUACCAUUGGUCUAGGUCUGGCAAUGGUAGCGAGAAUUGUCAGAAACAUGGACGGUCAACUGCGAUUGAAGUCAGAGGUGGGCAAAGGAUCGCGAUUUGUCAUUCAAUUACCUUUCUUGCUUCCUGAUGAUGAUCUACAAAAUUCUGGAAAUGAGGAAAAGGCCGAAUUCUUGAAUACGGCAUCUUUAUCGCCCCCGAUUGCGACACCACCUCCUGUAGGUACUGGUGAGGUGACCCUUGUCGAAAAAGCAAGCUCCGUCCGACCAAAUACCGAUUCUUCAAUCGUCCACAAGCGAAGUGUAGAAGAGGUUGCUAGUUUGCAUAGCUUCAAGAGUAAUAAUAGCAGCAAAGCUAGCGCGAAAAGUGACGUGGAUCGAUUAAUUGAUGCUAUUUCUGGCCCAAUUGGCAAUGGACCGGGGGAACCUUUGCAACGUCGCUCGACGUCUUACCAAGCCCCUGAUGAUUUGAGAUUGCAGGAGGUCCGAACCCCAGGAGCCGAAAGUAUAUGCGAUAGCAGAACACCUAUAAGAGCUGUUAGAAUGCCGGAUGAAUUCUCGGAAAAUACAAAUGACACAAGUGCUUCUCUAGUUGCAGCAAGGGUGAAAUUCAACCUCCAAACACCAUCUUCACAGAACAAAUCACACAAAGUUGCACUUGCACCUGAUGAAACUGAACCUACACUAGAGUCAAAACCUCUCAAUACAGAGCACUUGAAGGUUUUAAUCGCUGAGGAUGAUCCUGUCAACAGCCGCAUUAUCAAUAAGAGGUUAACAAAAGGUGGUCACGAAGUCUACCACACCAUAAAUGGGGAAGAAUGUGCAAGUGCUUACGGAGAUAACGUCACUAACUCUUCCAAGUCGACUGCAACAUCUUCGUCGGCGGACACUCGUUUUGAUGUAGUACUUAUGGACAUGCAAAUGCCCAUAGUUGAUGGACUUACUUCAACAAAGAUGAUUCGAUCCUUUGAAAAAAUUCACCUUGAUCUUUCCCCUCGAGCGAAGCUCAAUGGUAGAGUACCUAUAUUUGCCGUUUCAGCUUCUCUGGUUGAACGUGAACGUCAGACAUAUAUUGAUGCUGGUUUCGAUGGCUGGGUAUUGAAACCCAUCGAUUUUAAACGUCUCAACGUAUUACUCGAAGGGAUCGUUAAUAGCAAGGUUCGAGAAUCAUGCUUGUAUCAACCAGGAGAAUGGGAAUGUGGGGGUUGGUUUCAUAAAAUGCAACCCUCAGCAUUACAAUCUUUAACUGUACCAUCCAACGAAACGCCAGUCCAAAAUCCUCCUCAAAUAGGACCAGAGGCUCUUCAGCCUGAUAAGGAUACACUAGACGACGACACUGGUACUUCACCAUCCAGGGACGAUAAGAAGCGGCCAUUGAUAUAUGACGAGAGACUUAAUUCCACGAACGAGGCGCUCAAUGCUACUACCGAAGUCGAUGUGGGCCCUCAUAGUGAUCUUUCAACCGCAGCUGAAAGACCUGUGACAGAUGUCAGCAAUGAAGAAGGUGCACCAACUGUCGAGGAGCCUCUUGUUGAUGGUGUUGGUGAAAGCGCUGAACAUGAAAUUGUGGAUACUGCCGAUGCUGGUACGGAUGUUCAACUCAGUACAGAGAGCAAUCCUAAAGAAGUUGAACAGGCUAGUCAGCCAGCGGAUGCUAUUGAGAUUGAUGAACCAACAGCAGAAAGUUCCACAGAUUCUGAGAUCCCCAAGUCGAUAGAUGAGCCGGCUUGCUGA